AUGAAGACCUUUGGCUUUGCUUCAGCAGCUGCUGCGGCAUUGACCGGUGCUUUUUUCGCAUCGUCUGCUGCCGCGGCUGAUCUCCCUCCUAUCGUCAUUAAGGGCUCCCACUUCUUCUACGAGAACGGUACCGAAUUCUUCAUUCGUGGUGUAGCAUACCAACAAGACGUUAACGCCAACACUACUUCCGACGCUACUUUUACCGAUCCCCUUGCAGAUGAAGCUGGUUGCAGGCGUGACAUUCCUCUCCUUCAAGAGCUUGGCACCAAUGUCAUCCGUGUCUACGCUAUCAACUCCUCGUUAGACCACUCCGUCUGUAUGGGAUUGCUCAACGAUGCCGGAAUCUAUGUUAUCCAAGAUUUGUCUAACCCCUCAUCCUCUAUCAAUCGAAACGACCCAGAAUGGAACACCGAUCUCUUCGCUACCUAUGCCGGCGUUGUCGAUGCCAUGGCCAACUACUCAAACGUCCUCGGUUUCUUUGCCGGUAACGAGGUUUCCAACGAUGUCAACAACACUGAUGCCAGUGCUUUCGUGAAAGCUGCCGUCCGUGACAUGAAGGCUUACAUUAAGACUAAGGGCUACCGCACUAUCGGUGUUGGUUAUGCUACCAACGAUGAUGCCAACAUUCGAAUUGAUUUGGCUCAUUAUUUCAACUGUGGUGAUGCUGAUUCUGCCAUCGAUUUCUGGGGUUACAACAUCUACUCGUGGUGUGGUGAUUCUUCGUUCACUAAGUCUGGAUAUGAUCAAAGAACUCUCGAAUUUGCCAAUUACUCCGUCCCUGCAUUCUUUGCCGAGUACGGUUGCAACGUUGUCCAACCACGUCAAUUCACUGAAGUCGGGGCAAUUUACGGCGACAAGAUGACUGAAGUCUGGUCUGGUGGAAUCGUCUACAUGUACUUCCAAGAGGCAAAUGACUAUGGUCUCGUCUCGGUUUCAGGAGACUCUGUUAGCAAGCUCGCUGAUUUCACUGCUCUGUCCAAGCAAUUGGCCUCUGCCACCCCUAGCUCCACCAACUCUGCUUCCUACACCGUUACCAACACAGUAGCACAAGCAUGCCCAGCAACCGGUACCGCUUGGGCUGCCUCCAGCAACCUUCCUCCUAUCGCAAACGCCGAGCUUUGCGAAUGUAUGGUUAAGUCUUUGUCCUGUGUCGCCAACAGCGGUAUCUCCGGUAACUCCAGUGCCGAUCUCUUCAACUAUGUCUGCGGUUUGGAUAGCGCUGCCUGUGAUGGUAUCUCAAAGAAUGCUACCACUGGAACUUACGGUGCCUACUCCAUGUGCACAAGCGCUCAACAAUUGUCUUUCGUAUUUGACCAAUACUACCAAAACAACGGCAAAGCAGCUACUGCCUGUGACUUCAGCGGCAAUGCUAAGACUCAAACUGGUGCCAAGAGCUCAACCUGCUCAAGUCUCAUCAGCCAAGCCGGAACCGCAGGAACUGGAACUGUUACCAGCGCACCAACUGGUACUGGAUCUUCAAGCAGCUCAUCUAGUUCAUCCACCACUACUAAGAAGAGUGCUGCCGGUGCUACUGUCGUCCCACGUUUCGACUUGGGAUUGUUGCAAUUGGGUGCCUAUGUCGUGGUUGCUGGAAUGGCAGGUGCGGGUAUGAUCAUGUUGUAG